AUGCACUUAACACAGACGAUAAUCAACACUUUUCUGCUGCUAUUUGGCAUUUCGGGCGUGUUUGCUGCUCCCAUCCAGCCGAGUGAUAUUGUCAACACGAUAAAAGGCAUCCAUAAAAAAAUCGAUGGAAUCGGGAAAGAUGAUGUUUCAGACGAAAAUUCCUCAAAUUCAUCGGAAAAUGAUGUUGAUUUGAUGCAAAAUCGUCCCGCGGAUUGGAUGUCGCCUGAAAUGACUUCAACCAUGCGUCAAAAUAAGAUGUUCGGCUUUUAUGGAUACAUCCCGGCAUUUGCUCCAAUACCUUCGUACUAUCCAACUCUCCCGUCGCCCGAUUAUUUUAGCGAUUACAAUUAUUACGGAUACAACGACGACGACGACGAUGUCAUGUCACGAGGCGCCGCGACGAAAAAACGCCCGAAUCAGUUCAAAAAUUCGCCAAUUUAUUACAUUCGACUGCCUCCGACGCCAUACAUGUUCGUGCCCGGUGUCGGAUAUAUCUCGCAACCGCCAACUUAUCAACCAAUGGCGCCGCCUCCGGUUGUUCCCGUUGUUCCUGCUGUGCCAACAAGCCCUUUUUAUAAUCUCCCCUUGAAUUUCAUGGCGAACGGCAAACCAACAAACAUCUAUCAAUGGCAAGGAAAUCCAUCGCCGCAACAAUAUCCGCAAUAUCCAUCGCCCGCAGCGUCGCAAUAUCAACCGCCUUACGUUCCGCAACAACUUCCCGCCGCUUCUCCGCCGCAAAUUCAGCAACAACUCCCCGCGCAGAGACCUCAUAAGCCAUAUCGCCCUUAUCCACGCCCCCAAAAUAAUUAUAUGCAAGAUUCGAAAGUGACGCAUCUCAAAGGUCCAUUUUUGUUUAAUGGAAGACCCGAAGAGAUUUUCUUACUGCCUAACUAUCAAAAUUUGCAAAAUCCGUAUAAUGCUGGAUAUUAUCCCGAUCCGUACAGUUACAACAAUUAUAAUCCGUAUAACACGCCUUAUUAUUGA